UAUCGCUUCUCUUCUUCUUGUAUUCUAUCCAAAACAAAAAAGCCUCCAUAGAAGCAGCAAGCAAGCAAGCAAACAAUGAACCUCCUAAAAACCACCACCAAUACUCUCUUCGGUUCUCUCUUUAUCCACCACUCCAACCAAACAACAUCUCAUUCCUUCUUAUUCUCACUCCAACUUCCCAAACACAACAAAUCCUUUCAUCUCAAAUUACCAUCAUCCUCCUCUAAAACCCCUACCCCCGCAACAUUCGAUUUCCAAGAAGAUGACGAAUUCGACGAAGAUGAAGAUGAAGAAGAAGAAGAAGAAGAAGAGGAAGAUGUAUAUGUUCCGUUGAGUAACAUGAGGCAGUGGACUCGAAACAAGCCCAGAGGCUUUGGUGAAGACAAAGUCUAUGACACCACCCUCGAAGAUAAGUUAUUGCAAGAGCUGGAGCAGAGUAGGGCCGCUCAACUUGUCAAUAUCAAUAACCUCAAGAACAACCCCAACCCCAACCCCCUUCCCCAAACCAAAGAAGUGGUUCCAAGUGGAAUUCGUGUACGUUUGUUUAAUCUUCCAAAGAAAAAGAACAUCCACAGAGACUUGCAAGCAGCUUUUAAACCCUUUACUGGAAUUACACACAUCAUUCCAGCCGUUUCCGGUAACCAAAAGACCAGAGACCCUGUUUGUAAAGGCUUUGCCUUUCUUCAUUUCAAGUCUCACAAAGAGGCUAACAGAUUUGUGGAUAUAGUUUCAACACAGCCCAUCACUUUUGGUAAGGUUCAGAAGCAAAUCAGAUGUGAAAUAAUGCCAUCGGUUGUUGAUAGAAAAGAAAGCCCUCUGCCAGUUUUCAGUGCCACUAUGGCUCCUCCUGUUACUCAAACACCACUUGACCCAUCUCUUGAAGUUGAACAGGCCGCUUUUGAUAAGUUGAAAAUUGGUGAUGAUGACCUUGUAUCAGCAACCGAUGAUGACAAUGACAACAGUUUUGGAAAUGUGGUUGAAAAAAAACAUGAAGCUGAAGUGAGUUCAGAGUCAUUAAAGAAACAGAAGGUGGUUAUGGAAAAGGGGAAGAAGACAACAAGGGCCAAGAAGAAAGUAGAGACUACACCUAAACUCACUAUUCCUGGAUCUGCAAACAGGUUGAAGAUGAAGGAGAAGGCUCUGCUCUCUGGUGUAUUUUCAAAAUAUGGAGGCAAAUCUAGUGAUUGAGGGGAACAUUUUUGUUAAAAAUUUAUAUUUUUCUAAUGUUUGUUUGUUACGUACAUUGAUUCAUGACCUUAGGUUAAUGUAUUUAAUGAAAUUCAGAGGUUGGGAGGGAUUGCAAAAUAAAUGGUAGGUUUGUUGCACCAA